GAAUCCCACCGCCACGAUCCCGAAACGUUGGUUUUAUUCCAGGGCGCUUUCCGGAAGAAUAACACCCAGGCAUUUUGCACCUCCGUUCUCCAAAAGACGGGGCAACAAAAAUGUUGGAUAGCCCAAGGAAGUAGACAGGGGUUGACGAAAUUUCAAAAAUUGAAGGAGGGCAAGCAGAUUUGUCUGAGAGAGAAAGGCAGCAGUCUCAGCCACAACACCAUCGAAAAUGACACUUUGUUUUGUAUUGCGCUUUCUAGUGUAAUAUAUUAUAUUAUUUCUAAAUAAAAGAUUGUAGAUUACGGCAAAUUCCGUCACAGGGGCGCUAAGAGGGAUCACUAGGGAGAUCGCCCGAGUCCUCCAAGGAGAUUUUUUGUUAUUUUUUGGGGGAAUGUUACGUAAAAGGUGGUGCAUGAAGUUAUGUUAUGCGACUUUUUUACCACUUUUCCAACAGCCUCUUGAGUGUAGCUACUUUGUAAGUAAAAGCAAACUCACCAAAGGCUUGUUAAGAUUUCUGAUCAAAUGAAUCUUAUCAAGGGCAUCACAAAUUUUGCUGUUUGUGGAUUGCUUUUGGUACUGGUUAGAGUUGAAGCCCAGUUUGGAGAAGCCGGUAGGAAAGAACUUUCAAGCUGUCCAAGGGAACAGUUUGAAUGCAAAAAAAGUGCACGAUGUAUUUCCCGAAGCUGGGUCUGUGAUGGAGAGAAUGACUGUGAUGAUGGAAGUGAUGAAGAACCCCUGUUAUGUGCCAGCAGGUCUUGUGCCACAACACAGUUUCGGUGUCUGAACCAGUCAAAGUGUAUCCCAACCAGAUGGCGAUGUGAUAGACAUGCAGAUUGUGCAGAUGGAAGUGAUGAGAUUGGAUGUGAUGAUGUUGAAUGUGGUAAGAGUAGAUUCAAAUGCAAAAGUGGCUCAACUGCUUGUAUAUCCUUGUGGUGGAGAUGUGAUGGUGAAGAAGACUGCAAAGACGGAUCAGAUGAACACAACUGUAGAAAUCACACAUGUGCCCAUUCGUAUUUCACAUGUGGAACAGGGAAAUGUAUUUUGAAUAGAUGGAGGUGUGAUGGAGAUAGCGACUGUCCUGAUGGUUCAGAUGAAAAGGGUUGCUUAAACACCCAAGCAAGUCGACAGAAAUGCCAGGAAGGGGAGUUUAAAUGCCAUAAUGGUGCCUGCAUCAAAAAGAGUUUUGUUUGUGAUGGAGAAGUUGAUUGCACAGAUGGAAGUGACGAAGUUGUUUCAUGCAAACCAAAAUGUGAUUUAAUGUUGCAGUUCAAGUGCAGGAAUGGCAAAUGUGUUAGCAAACAGUGGCAUUGUGAUGGUGACAAUGACUGUGGAGAUGGUUCUGAUGAAGAAAAUUGUGCCUCCGUGCCAGCUUGUCCAGUCGGGCAUUGGAAAUGUAUUGGCUCUUCCAAAUGCAUUCCUGUGGAGAAGAUUUGCAAUUCUGAAAACGAUUGUGGCGACCUGUCUGAUGAAGGAAUUGGCUGCUUGGUUGUAAACUGCCGAACAAGCGGUUGUGAAUAUCGUUGUCAACCAACUCCACGAGGUGUUCCACUUUGUUAUUGCCAGCCUGGUUUCCGGUUACGGAAGGAUGGAAAGACAUGUCAAGAUGUAGAUGAAUGCCGUGAAUUUAGUGCAAAGUGUGAUCAAAGAUGUGUUAAUACACCAGGCAGUUUCAAAUGCAGUUGCGCUAGAGGAUAUAUCUUUGAACCGCCUCAUAAAUGUCGUUUUGACACGAACAUGGGACCAGAACUGAUAUUUGCUGACAUCAAAACUAUAAAUCGAUAUGAAAUAAACACUGGCAAAUCUGAGAGCUUCAUCUCAAAUCUCACACGCAUAGUUGCCCUAGACUUCGAUAUUCGUUCGGGCAAGGUCUACUUCAGUGACGUCACCGAAAACAAGAUUUAUAUUACCCACUUUGCAAGUAAAACAACUAUUUCUGAGGCCAAGGUAGUGGUCUCAACCGGUCUUGCAGUCCCGGACGGUAUGGCAGUAGACUGGAUAACUGGGAAUAUUUACUUUGCUGAAAGUGCUGCCAGGAUGAUUAAUGUUUGUAACGCGAAUGGUACUUACCGAAGUUCCUUGAUAUCUAGUGGCCUUGGAAGUCCACGUGGCAUGGCAAUAGAUCCUAGAGACGGUUUGAUUUUUAUCUCUGACUGGGGCUCCAACCCACGCAUCGAGCGUGCUUGGCUAGAUGGAACGCACCGGCAGACAAUCGUUAAAGAAAAGCUAGGCUGGCCUAAUGCUCUUACAAUCGAUUACGCUACCCGAACUGUAUACUGGGCAGAUGCUCGUUUUGAUUACAUAGGAGCAGUGAACUACUUUGGCGGUCAAAGACGGCGGGUAGUCGAGGGCCUCAAACACCCAUUUGCCCUUACAUUAUUCGAAAAUUAUUUGUAUUACACGGACUGGACAAGCAAAGGAAUCAUUAUGGUGAGUAAAACAGAGACACAUGCGAAAAGGAAGGAUAAAGUUUUAUUAAAAGGAAACUUAACACACCCGAUGGACAUUCACACCUAUCAUAUAUCACGUCAACCCAUUGCGCCAAAUCCAUGCGAGAUACAAAAUGGUGGUUGUCAGCACUUGUGUGUCAUUGCUCCACGUCAGAAGCCUUCUUGUCUUUGCAAUUAUAGGUUUCGUCUCACCAGUGACAACAGAACAUGUGAGCCGAUAGAUGUGUUUUUGCUGUACGCCAGGAGCACGGAGCUGCGUGGAAUAUCGUUAGAUCCAGAUGAACCCCGCGACGUUUCCGUUCCAAUUCUCGGUAUGAACAAUGUAGUUGGCGUUGACUUCGAUGUAAAGGAAGGAAACAUUUAUUUCACUGACGUAAAACUUGGGAAAAUUGGAUUUGCGCCUAAAGAUGGAUCCUCCGUUCAAAAUUUUAUUAUUUCUAAUGACUUAGAGAAUCCAGAUGGAAUAUCUGUUGAUUGGAUCGGAAGAAAUAUUUACUGGACCGAUGCAAAAUUGCUGGGGAAACCAGAAAUAGCUGUUGCUAAAUUAAACGGAAAUUACAGAAAGACAUUAAUUACAGAUGGGUUGAAAAGCCCAAGAGCCAUAUCAGUCCAUCCUGUUAAGGGGCUCCUGUUUUAUACUGAUUGGGCUCAGCCAGCAAAAAUUGGAAAAUCUCUAAUGGAUGGCUCAAAUCAUACGAUUCUGGUAAAUGGAACAAAUAUUGGGUGGCCAAAUGGUCUUGCUAUUGAUUUCAAGGAGGACUAUGUUUACUGGUCAGAUGCAAGGAUUAACGUGAUUGAGAAGAUGAGAUUUGAUGGCUCUGAUCGGACAGUUAUACUCUCUGGACUUAGGCAUCCGUUUGGUUUGGCAAUACACCAUGAGAGAAUUUUCUUCUCUGAUUGGCAGGAUAGCAAAAUUUAUUCAGUUUUAAGGAAAAAUGUUUCGCAAAUAGACAUUUUGCGUGAUGGACUCGUAGGACUAAUGGAGGUACAAGUAUAUGAUAGAGAAAUGCAAACAGGAAACAACAGUUGUUUUUCGAACCCUUGUGAACAACUUUGUUUGGCGAAGCCUGGCGGGUUCAUAUGUGCAUGCGGCAAUAAUUUUACCCUUAGCAAAGACAACCAAAGCUGCACGGAGAGCGGAGCGGUACAGCCAAAGCCGAGAUGUGGACGUGACUUUGAGUGUGCCAAUGGUGUGUGCAUCACAAGCAGAUGGCGCUGCGAUGGCGACCGGGAUUGCAAAGAUGGCAGCGAUGAGACUGAAGAAGCUUGUAAAACUGUCACUUGCGAUCCAGGCAGUUUCACGUGUGGAACAAAUCGUUGCAUCCCGGCGUCCUGGAGAUGCGAUGGUGAAAGUGACUGCACUGAUGGAAGUGACGAAAAGAACUGUUCGCAGUCGCAGCGUAACUGCACAUCUUUACAAUUUACUUGCGACAAAGGGAAGUGUAUCCAGCGACGCUGGACCUGUGAUGGAGACAACGAUUGCGGUGACUGGAGCGACGAACGCUCUUGCAUUCAAAGGACUUGCUCUUCCACUUAUUUUGCCUGUGAUCAGUCAAAAUGUAUAUCAAGAACGUGGAGAUGCGAUGGUGAACCUGACUGCCCUGAGAAUACUGACGAAAUCGAAUGUGCGCAGCAGAAUUGCACUGAUAUUGGAAAGUUUGGUUGCAAAAAUUCGAAAUGUAUUGACAAGAAACAUCUUUGCGAUGGUGACGAUGAUUGUGGUGAUGGCUCUGAUGAAAUGAAUUGCGGUGUUUGUGCUGAUGGAAAAUGCAGAAAGUGCUUUAACGAAACAGAGUUCACUUGUCGAAGUGGUCUUUGUAUCAACAAAGAUUUUGUUUGCGACUUUUACGAUGAUUGCGGAGACCAUUCGGAUGAGUCUGGACUUUGUAAAGUAACCAAUUGCACGGGCUCCGAUACAUUCCAAUGCUCUAAUGGAUAUUGUUUGCCGUUUAAAUGGAAGUGCGAUGGUGUCAAGGAUUGUAGUGAUGGUUCAGAUGAAAACGAUUGUGGCCGCGUUUCGAAGAAGGCAGAGUGUGCUCGUGGAAGCAAAUGGGCUUGUGCAAAUGAAUCCAAGUGCAUUGACCUAAGAAAACUUUGCGAUGGAAGAAAGGACUGCGAUGGGGGAGAUGAUGAAGGACCCGGUUGCAAAUAUUACCAAUGUAGAUCGAUGAAUGGAGGAUGCAGCCACGAGUGUUUUGCAGCGCCAGGGGGUGUUGCCUGUGGGUGCCCUUCUGGUAUGGCUUUGGGAAACGACUCAAAAACCUGCGAAGACGUCAAUGAAUGCUUAAUUCCAAAUAUUUGCAGUCAGAAAUGUGUCAAUGUAAAGCGAUCUUACCGUUGUUAUUGUGACAAAGGCUAUAUUCUUAGACCGAACAAGAAAACGUGCUCUGCUGUUGGCCCAGACCCUUUCUUGAUAUACUCGGACCGUCGGAAAAUUCGAAGAUACUCUAUGAAAAGUGGAAUAGCAAGCACGAUAGUCUUAGGCCUUACCAAUGCUAUUGGUCUUGAUUUUGAUUGGAAGGAACAAAUGAUUUAUUGGUCUGAUGUCAACGAGGAUCGCAUUGAAAGAGCUCACAUAAAUGGUACAGGUCGCCAGGCCAUCGUCUCUACUGGACUUAUUGCACCUGAAGGAGUUUCUGUUGACUGGGUUGCCCGCAACUUGUACUGGACCGAUACAAAGACAGAUACUAUAGAGGCAUCAAAACUGGAUGGCUCGUUGAGAGCUAUUAUAAUUGGUUCCAAUCAUGAUGCACCUAGAGCUAUAGCUGUUGAUCCAAAGCUAGGGUAUCUUUUUUGGACUGAUUGGGGGAAAGUGCCUCGUGUUGAAAGAGCGGAUAUGGAUGGUGCAAAUCGAAAGACCCUAGCUGUUACCAAUUUGAAAUGGCCCAAUGGUCUGGCUCUUGAUUUUCCAAAUAGAUUAGUGUAUUUCAUGGAUGCGAAAAGUGAUGUAUUGGAACGAAUUAAUUACGAUGGAACAGCGAGGACCAAGAUACUGGAAAAGUCAGUGAUUAUUCAUCCCUUUGCAUUGACGUCAUUUGAAGAUUUUAUUUACUACAGCGACUGGAGUCAGCCAGCAGGAAUAGUGCGUGUGAGUAAGAUGCAAGGUGGUGGCAAGUUAAUAUUGCAACAAGACCUCAAUAAGCCAAUGAGUUUGAAGAUUGUGCAUCCUGUCUUGCAGCAGUCUACGAUUAACUACUGCUCAAAACACAACUGUUCACACCUUUGUGUCUUAAAGCCAAACGGAUAUUCCUGCAAAUGCCCAUUCGGGAUGGAACUAAUGCCAGGCGGAUUUUCAUGCGAAGACACAGAGACAGUGUUGCUGUAUGCAAGAAGAGUCGAGGUAAGGGGAAUUUCUGUUGACCCCAAAGAACGAAUUGACAAAAUGUUGCCUGUAACCCAACUUAUGAAUGCUGCUGGCAUCGACUUCCAUGCUGCAUCCGGAUACGUUUACUGGAGUGACGUCAGCAAAGAUUCAAUCAGCCGAAUUCACAGAAAUGGUUCCGGAAGUGAAGUGAUCGUUUCAGGUAUUGCAUCUCCCGACGAUAUUGCCAUUGACUGGAUAGCAGGCAAUCUAUAUUGGACUGACACCGGCAAAAAUGUCAUCGAAGUAUCACGUUUGCAGGGUGAUUACCGUAAAGUUGUCAUAUCAAGAGAGCUAGAUCAGCCACGCGGGAUUUCAGUUUUCCCUCAGAAAGGAAAACUGUUUUGGACAGACUGGGGCUCUUCGCCAAAAAUCGAAACUGCCUAUCUGGAUGGAAGCAAUAGGUCAAUUUUGGUAAAUUCUAGCCUCAGUACUCCAAACGGUCUUACCAUUGACUAUGAAAAGGAGAUUAUAUUUUGGUGCGAUGCCACUUUUGAUCGCAUUGAAUCUCUAAACUUAAAAAGCAAAGAACGAAUUAUUCUUGUAAAAGCUCCUGAGGUUGCCCAUCCUUUUGGAAUAACCUUCUAUUCAGACGCUAUAUUUUGGACUGAUUGGGGAAAGCGAACCAUCAAGAGAUUGAAUGUAGAAACAAAAGAGCUCCAAACUAUACGAGAUGACCUUUCCAGUUUAAUGGGGAUUGAAGUAUUUGACAAAAAAAGACAGCAAGGAUGGAAUCCUUGUAUGGUAAACAAUGGUGGAUGCCUGCAAUUAUGCUUCAACCUGGGAGACUUUUGCAAAUGUGGAUGUGCUUCUGGAUUCUCCUUGGCCUCUGAUGGACGCACAUGUGUCGGCACUGAGAGCUUUCUUUUGUACACUACAACCACAGAGGUUCGUGGAAUUCCCUUCAACAAAGAAGACGAAGGAGACGCCAUAGUUCCUAUUAAAGGGAUGAAAUCAUCUUGGGCUGCAGAUUUUUGUUAUGAAACGAAGGAAAUAUUUUUGGUCGAUAGCGCUUUAGAAGUGCUGUUCAGCGUUAAGACCGACGGAACAGAGUUCAAGGCGAUCAUAGACACAGGAUUGGAGAACCCUCAAGGACUGGCAGUCGAUUGGAUAGCGAAAAAUCUUUACAUCGUUGACGCAGGAAGAGAUUUAAUCGAGGUUUGCCGCUUUGAUGGCAGCUAUAGGUUCGUUCUUGUCCACGAGGGUCUAGAUAGUCCAAGAGGUAUAGCUCUCCAUCCUGAAAAAGGCCUUAUGUUCUGGACUGAUUGGGGCUACAAGAAUAAAAAAAUUGAAAGAGCCGCACUUGAUGGAUCGAAGAGAACAGUAUUGGUAAACAGUACAUUUUUUGAACAUAUUGGGUGGCCAAAUGGACUUACAAUCGACUACAGUUCGGAUUUAAUCUACUGGACCGAUGCGACAGCAAAGAAAAUCUUCCGGAUGUCUUUAAAUGGAGAGAACAUUGUUAAGCUCGAUAUUAGCUAUGCGUUGGACUAUCUCUAUGCUGUUACUGUAUAUGGCGAUUAUAUAUACUGGACGGACUGGUCGCAUCAAGGGAUAUUCCGUGCUCAGAAGAGUAACCCUUCGCAAGUUGACAAACUCCGCGUCCACGUCGGCAGCAUACGUGAUAUUCAUGCUUUUGCCAAGGAGCGUCAGGAAGGCAAUAACACUUGCUCUCACAACAACGGUGGCUGUGAGCAGCUCUGCCUUGCAACAUCUAAUGAUACACACAGAUGCAUUUGUACCAAUGGGGACCUUGACGUAGACAUGAAGUCCUGUAAGCCAGUGAGAAGUUUUGCUUUCUUUGCAAAGCGCAAUGAAAUCAUCACGCUGCAUCUUGAGAAGUCGAUAGCUAUGAUGCCACCAUACAAGCCCAUAAAAUCUUUUAGUCAUGUGAUUGGGGUCGACUACGAUUACGAUUCCAACAAGAUAUUUUAUUCAGAUAUAUUUACCAAUUUGAUUGGCAUGGUAAAUCUCAAUGGCACGGAUAAACAAAUUCUGGCAGCAGAUUUACGAACGCCAGAUGGCAUUUCCUAUGACUGGCUUAACAAAAGGAUAUAUUGGACCGAUGCCCAGGAAAAUACCAUCAGCAGAGUCGGUGUUCAAGGCAAGAAAGCACGAGAGGUGAUUCUUACUGAGGGUUUGGACGAGCCAAGGGCGAUAGUUGUUAGCCCUUGCGAUGGGUACCUUUACUGGAGUGAUUGGGGUAAAAAGCCUUAUAUAAAGCGAGCAAAUAUGGACGGGAUGUUUGCCAAAACUAUCGUUGACCAUGGGUUGGUCUGGCCGAAUGGUUUGUGCUUAGAUUAUUCAGAAAGUCGCAUUUUCUGGGCUGACGCCCACGCUGAUAGGAUCGAAUCAGCGAAUUUGGAUGGUAGCGAUAGGAAAACUGUCGUUUCCGGCGUGCCACACUUUUUUGGCAUUGCCAUUUUCGGGCAGUAUGUAUACUGGACCGAUUGGGUGACGAGGUCAGUAAAGAAAGCCAACAAAUACAAUGGAGGGAAUCCAGUUAGUUUGAUUAAUGGCUUAGACGCUCAUCCGAUGGAUAUUAAAAUCUUUUCCAAGGAAAGACAAAACUGCUCGUCAAAUCCUUGCUACGACAAAGGAGGUUGUAGUCACAUAUGUAAAGUCGUGAAUGGAAAGCGCAAAUGCGAAUGCCCACCUGAUUUAAAGUUGCUUAAUGACAAGUGGUGUGUAACGAAGACCAGUAACUGCAAUUCCAGUGAUUUUACGUGUAUGAACGGAAAAUGCAUACGCUACUCCUACAUUUGCGAUGGAGAUUACGACUGCCCUGAUAGAUCAGAUGAACACGAGACACUGUGUCGUGUCCAUUCGUGUUCGGCUCGUCAUUUUGGUUGUAAAUCUAGCGGGAAUUGCAUUCCAAAGAUCUGGCAUUGCGACCAUGAAGCUGACUGUGAAGAUGGUAGCGAUGAGGCGAAAUGCACUUAUCCCACCUGUGAUGAAGGCUUUUUUAAAUGUGACAAUGGCCAGUGCAUCAGAAAAAGAUUUGUUUGCGAUGGAGAUGCUGAUUGUCGGGAUUUCUCGGACGAGAGAUGUGGUCCCAAGACAUGCCCUAGUGGGACACUGAAAUGCAAUUCGACAUCAGUUUGCAUUCGCCAAAGUUGGCUUUGCGAUGGUGAGGACGACUGCAAAGAUGGCUCGGAUGAGGGUGAUUUUUGCAAGCGGAAGUCCUGCUUGGAAGGGCAAUUUCAGUGCAAGAAUGGUCGAUGCAUACCUGAUACCUGGUUUUGCGACAAGGAAAAUGACUGUGGCGACUCUAGUGAUGAGCCUCGUGAGAAAUGCAGCUCAAAAAAUGCGACCUGCCCAGAUGCCCAUUUCAAGUGCGGGGACGGAAGCUGCAUAUCAAAGCGCUUUGUGUGUGACGGUGAUCGAGAUUGUAAGGACGGGUCGGAUGAGCGUAACAACUGCACGAAGAAGAAAUGCAAGGCAUCCGAGUUUGCUUGUCCCAAAACAAACAAAUGUAUUCCUCUGCGUUUCAAAUGCGAUGGUGAGAAUGAUUGUGGAGAUGCUUCGGAUGAAAAAGCGAGUGAAGGCUGCCCUACUCGUGAGUGCACAAGAGAUGAGUUCAGAUGCAAGAACCACCUUUGUGUAAUUUCAAGAUGGAUGUGUGAUGGAGAAAAUGACUGUGGCGAUGGUAGUGACGAGAAUAAUUGUACUGCAGUCGCUUGCCCUUCAAACAGGUUCAAGUGUUCCAAUGGUAUUUGUAUUAAAAUUACAAAACGAUGUGAUGGAAUUCCAGAUUGCAAGGAUUCUUCUGAUGAAAAAAAUUGUCACAAUAUAACAAAGCCAGGAUUUUGCAAAAGCCAUCUAUUCGAUUGCAAAAACAAUAAGACAUGUAUCAGUAAGGACAAAGUCUGCAAUCGACAGUUUGAUUGUCCAAAUGGAAUGGAUGAGAAGGGAUGUUUUGUCAACUACUGUAGUGACAGAAAACUCAAUUUCUGUUCUCAAAUCUGCAUAAAUCUCACUCAGGGCUACAGUUGUGCCUGUAAGGCAGGGUAUAGACUGCAAGACGACAAACGAUCUUGCGUUGAUAUUGAUGAAUGCAGCGACUUUUCAAGCAUUAUUUGUACUCAGAAGUGUGUCAAUACGGUAGGGUCUUACAAAUGUGAGUGUGAAGAUGGUUUCCAAUGGGAAUCGAGCACGAGUUCAUGUAAAAUUAAUGGAAAUUAUGAUCCUGCGCAAUUACUUUUUGCCAGUAAAACGACAAUAAGGACAGUUGCUUUGAAUGGUGGCUUUUACGAUUUGUGGCAACGCAAGGGCCGGCACUUUUUUUCUGUUGACUUUGCAAAGUCUGAUGAUCUUUAUUUUUGGAUCGAUACACAACCAGGGGAAAUUUUCAAAGGUAAACUUAGCAGUCCACAAAAGUCCGAAAAAUUUCCUUCCACCGUUCUCUCAAAUCCUUAUAGCCUGGCGGUGGAUUGGAUCAGCAAAAAUAUUUACGUGACAGACAGUGAGGUGCAUAGCCUCGUUGUCUACAACAUUUACAAUGGUCAAUACAAAACUAUUCUUGCAGACAUGAUCAACCAGCCAAGAGCCCUAGCCUUGUAUCCGCAACGAGGCUUUUUAUUUUACACCGUGACUAGCCGUUCGGCUUGCAUAACUAGGAUUGGAAUGGACGGAAGUAAGAGGAAAGAAAUCAUCACCGAGGGCAUUGUUUCCCCAAAAGGAAUAACAGUAGACUCUUUCACAGAGCGAAUCUUUUGGACAGAUUCUCAUCUCCAUCACAUCGAAAUGGCAAGUUUUGAUGGAAAAAAUCGUAGAGUUUUGUUGGAUAAACUAAAUUUCCCAUUUGGUAUAACUGUAUUUGGGGAUGAUUUGUUCUGGUCUGAUUUGCAGUUGGCUACGGUUAACAGUGUGCACAAACUUUCAGGCCUUUCAAAGAAAGUAAUUUCAAGGGACGUGGAUGGUGUGUACUCGUUAAAGGUGGUACAUCCGCUAGCACAACCAAAUGUGGCAAGCAAGUGUAGCAUUGAUAAUGGAGGCUGCUCGCAUCUUUGCCUGAUAUCUGCAAAUGGCAGCAUUCAAUGCGCAUGCCCAUAUAAUUAUCGUUUAUCGGUUGAUGGAAAGGUUUGUUUGUCCAACUGUGUUGCUGGAGAAUUUGAAUGCAAAAACCAUAGGUGUAUAUCGAGUGUUUGGCUGUGUGAUACAGAGGAUGACUGUGGCGACAACAGUGACGAAGGUAGCAAUUGUCCUCAAAGAAAGUGCAAGCUUGGUCAGUUCCAGUGUUCGAAUUUCAACUGCACCGCUCCGUAUCGUGUUUGUGACGGCCAAGAUGACUGUGGUGAUAUGAGCGAUGAAGAGAAUUGCUCGGCAAGACAGUGCUUCGUCAGGUUCCAAUUUCGCUGUGAGGAUCACCGCUGCAUAUUCCGGAGCCGGGUAUGUGAUGGAGUCCCGGACUGCAAAGAUAACUCAGAUGAGAAGAAUUGUUCAGUUUCACAGUUCCCGUGUCCUGCAGAUCGUCUGAAAUGUAAAAAUGAGCGAUGCAUCUCUUCCUCUUGGAAAUGUGAUGGCGAUGAUGACUGUGGGGAUGGUAGUGACGAGGACCCGCUCCUCUGUGCGUCAAGCACUUGUCAGCCAGACCAUUUUAAAUGUAACAAUUCAAGAUGUAUAAUGAAACGUUAUGCAUGCGAUGGAGACGAUGAUUGUCAUGAUGGCUCCGAUGAAAGUCCAGAACAUUGUGCUUCUCACAGUUGCCGCUCAACGCAAUUCCGCUGUAAAAAUCACCGCUGUAUUCCCAAACGUUGGCGAUGUGACUUUGACAAUGACUGCGGGGAUAAAAGUGAUGAGGAUGGUUGUCCUAAAAAGGAAUGUGAUCCCGCUAAAGAAUUUAGAUGUGAAAAUGGCAAAUGCAUCGAUAACAAAUGGGUAUGUGACCAUGACGAUGACUGUGGCGACGGUUCUGAUGAGUUUUCUUGCCAGAAUAAAAGCUGUCAUCAAGACCAGUUUACAUGCAACAGUGGACACUGUAUCAGCAAACAGUGGAAGUGCGAUGGCGAUAUGGAUUGUAGGGAUGGCUCAGAUGAGAAAGGCUGCCCCUUGAAUGUUACCAGGUGUCAAGAAGAUCAAUUCAAGUGUGCCAAUAACAUCUGCAUCAAGCGCAAUUGGGUUUGCGAUGCAGACAACGACUGCGGUGACAAAUCAGACGAGAUCCCACACCUCUGUGCCGAGAAGAAUUGGUGUGACCCUAAGAUCCAGUUCCGCUGCUCCAAUGGCUUCUGUAUAAGAAAAUGGAAGAGAUGCGAUGGUAUUAAUCACUGUGUGAAUGGUUCUGAUGAGCAGGGUUGUAGAUUUUGUCGCAGAGACCAAUUUAAGUGCCAAAACUCAAAGUGCAUUGAUAAGAAGCUUGUCUGUAAUGGAUUUUUCGACUGCAAAGGUGGCGAAGAUGAGUUAUAUUGUUCUUCAGGGCAGAACAAAAGCUGUAAGGUAAAAAAUGGUGGCUGCCGGCACGAGUGUGUUCAGCUCAAAACUGGACACUUCUGUCGGUGCAAGACAGGUCACAAACUCUCCCGUAAUAGAAAGGACUGUAUUGACAUUAAUGAAUGCGACGAAUUUGGCAAAUGUAGCCAGAGCUGCGCGAAUACUGCCGGUUCCUACAAGUGCUCGUGCGUAGAUGGCUACAAUCCAAUCGUAGGACAGCCUCAUCGUUGUAAAGCUUUAGGAUCUGCUAUGUCAGUGGCAGUGCCUAUUGAAAAUGAGCUACGGCGAUUCGUGUUGGCUGAGAAUGGAAGGUACCGAUACAACAGCAUGAUCACCGAUUCAAUCAAGAUUCAAAGCCUUGACUUUCAUUUAGCAAAAAACUUUUUGUUUAUUGGCAGUCGCCAUCAAAGACAGAUAAAAGGAUUCUUCUUCAAUGAGGCAUUGAAAAAGUCAUCUUACAACCGUGUGAAAAGAGAUAUGUCUGAGACAUUUAUCAGAGAAUUGGAACUCAAGAUAACUGAUGUUGAUCCUUUGUCGCUGGCAGUAGACUGGGUUGGAGACAAUUUAUACUGGAUUGAUUUCAAUUUGGGCAAGCCAAGAAUUAUGAUUACAGAUCUGCGAGGGAAAACCCGCCGAAAACUUGUGUCUAAGCUUUUAACAAAACCGCACACCAUUGCUCUUGAUCCGAUUAGAGGAUACAUGUAUUGGACCGAUCUUGGAAAACAACCUGCUAUCUGGACGGCAAAAAUGGAUGGCAGCAGUCCUAAGAUAUUCCUGUCACAGCGUGUCGAAUGGCCUACUGGAUUAGCUUUAGAUCUGCCUGCAAAGCGACUGUAUUGGGCUGAUACAAAGCAAAGAACCAUUAGUGCGAUCAAUAUCGAUGGGUCAGGUCGAACAGUGGUAUUUUCCAGGCAAAAUAGCUCAUUGAUUGACCAUCCGUUCACAAUUGACGUAUUUGAAGACUACAUCUAUGGUAUCACUUGGAAGUCGAAAAUUUUAUACAAAAUGAAUAAGUUUGGAAAAGGUGGUGUUCAAAUAAUACAGCGAUUGUUGCACACCAGUGACACGGGGAAUUUUCGCAUCGUACAAGGUCAAAAGCAACUUCUACCAGCAGGAUUCAAAAAUCCUUGCUGGCCAAGAACGUGCAAGCAGAUGUGCGUGGCAGUUGACCAAAAAAGGAAAUGCAUUUGCAGCUCGGAUGUGCCGCUGACUAGCCUUCAGUGUCAAGAGGUGGUGAGUCCUUUCUGCGAUCGGUCCGAGUGUAACGACCGUGGCAAUUGCACUUUGGUUGACGAUUCGGUUUCUUGCACGUGCGACGCAGGCUUCAAAGGUGAAAGAUGUGAUUCGAAAAGCUGUCUUGCACAUUGUGCAAAUGACGGUCAAUGUGUUUUCAACGAACAAGGGAACCCCACUUGCAGGUGUCGUUCUGGGUUUUUUGGGGAUUCGUGUGAAAAUGGACCUAGCUGUGCCAGAGUAUCUUGUCCCGAAAAAAUGCGGUGUACUGUGCGAAAUGGUACCGUUGUUUGCAGCAUACCAAGUAAAGAAAAUAGAACAACAACUGUGACACCGAAAGUCCACCGAGCAAGAGCAAGUCGGUCGCCGGUAUCAGAUUACAUGAAAAUUAUCAUACCAAUCAUUGUGUCAGUAGUUAUCAUCAUUGUAGUUGUCGUCCUGUGGAGGAAAUACAGCACUUGCUGUAGCAAAGCACGGGACCAGUUUGCAGUGAAUGUAGACAACCCAGCAUUUGCAUAUGCAGGGUUACAGGAAGAAACAGAGAAUGAUGGCUUUUUCGAAGAAAUAAAGGAUGGAACAAACUUCUCGAAUCCUCUUUUCGAUCGUCUUGACGACAACCGAUUGUCUUUAAAAUCAACCUCUGAUAGCAGUUAUGAAGCGUUUACAGAUUAUCGGGCCUCACCCAAUUUUAGUGAAAAGGCCAAAUUAGUAAAUGACGUUGAAUAGUAUCAAUGUGUUUUAGUCCGAUUAUACCUACCAACGUGUAUUGUAAUUCAGUUACAGUGUAUCAUACGUUGAUUACUCUUGAAUUGUUAAAGACCAUCGAGGACAACCGGAGGUCUUCAUUCCGUUCGUUCCAGUAUAUUUUCAGAGCAUUCAAUUUGUUAUCGCAGCUCGUUGAACUCCAUUCAGACUUGAAGAAUUAUUAAACGUACAUGCAUCGAACUUUCGUUACACCCUUGAUCACUGCAUGAUUCAAUUCUAGGCAUACAAACAGCCUUGCAAAUUAUUUUUGCUUAGUCAAGUUUUGCUACAAAUAUGAGCCUUUUUGGGGGUAUUUUGGGGUAUUGUGGCUAUGUUUUUUCUGAGCCACUUUAAUUAAUGUACUAAAUAGCUUUUCGGCGUCUGAAGGUUUGUCUGUUGCUGGUUUAGGGAACCCCGUAUUUAGAAACAACAAUCCUUGCUUGAGAUUAGGUGUAGGAAGUCUAUAGCUAGCAACAACAAAAUCUUUGUAGAGCCGCUAAUGAAUGUACUUGUUGAUAGGACGUCAUUCAUUGCUGAAUUUAAUUGCACCUAAUUUACCCCAAUCUUCUUCAAGUGUCCCAACCUUUGUUUUUGUAACUGUUAUAUAGCAAUAACAUUGUAGCGGGGCUGUUAAUGGCACAAGAUGGCUGAAUAGUGAGUACGUGGAAGAAUGAAGAUAAAUGCGAUGUAAACAUUGUAAGUUUUAAGCGAGCGUUUUAUUUCAAUUGUUUAUUAGGCUUCAAGCCAGCCUUAAAUCGCUGUACACCGUUGCUUCAUAAAACAAAGCUUGUAUAAUUUCAGCUCAAGGGACACAAAUUAAAACAAUUUUUUGAUGUUUA